AUGACGACGGUUACCAUCGGUAUGGCUGGCCGCGUGGUGAUGAGCGAGGAGGAGUUUGAGGAGUGGCGGAGCCAGCAGGAUACACGAGGCGUCGCAAGCUUCUAUGACGCCUUGCGCCGGGAGGUGGCCCGAAGAGAGCAGCAUGCGAACUUUCGGCAGCUGCAGCUGGCCAGCGACGCCAGCGAUGCCUUCCACCUGUGGCAGCUGCCGGCCGGGUCCACCGUGGUCGCCGUGAAGCGCCAGCUCUUGUUGGCGGAAAAAGGCCAUGGUCGUCUUUCGAUUUUCUCGGCCGCCCGAAUGGAUGGUGUGGGGACGAUGAUCCGCCUGCUGGAGGAGCCACAAGAUCCAAACCAGGCAGAUCCCCACGGUGGUAGAUCUGCCUUGUCUGCGGCUGCGUUUGAAGGAGAACAUGAGGUUGCCCAGUGCUUGUUGGAAGUGGGGGCGAACGUAGAUGAGGCUGACCGUGAGGACGCCCUUGCAUUUUGCUGCGCUGCGGCUCCGUCCUGA